AUGCGGCGUUCAGAACGUCUUGAUCUUGUUGAUUUUGAUCCGGAGAUUGAACAAACCUUUCAUCAAAGACGUCGUGAACAGCGAACAAAAAGGGAACAACAACAAAGCAUUAUGGACGAUAACGGAAAUCAGCUUGUUCAAGUGGAGCGUACAGUUGAGAUUAAUGAGAGAGACAUCUUGAUGGGGGAUUUCAUGAUGCCUCCAGUCGUUGAGAACCAGUCGAGCAUAGUCUAUCCUCCAUAUGGGCACGAUAACUUCCAGUUGAGGCUGGAUGUGAUAAAUUUGUUCUCCAACAACAUUCCAUUCUAUGGGAGAAGUGAUGAAAAUCCACACUACCAUCUCUCUCAUUUUCUGGAGUAUUGUGGCAACUUUAAGUGUCAAGGGAUCAAUGAGGAAGCAACGAGGAUGCGACUUUUUCCUCAUACUCUGAAAGACAAAGCUCGGGAGUGGUUGGAUUCACUAACACCUGGUAGCAUCACUACAUGGGCUGAUUUGGAACGGUAUAAAGAAUUGCUAAGGAAGUGUCCGAAUCAUGGGUUCUCUUUACCAGCUCAAAACCACUAUUUCUAUGCUGGAUUGACUCCCUACAGCCGUUCGUCAGUUGAUUCUAUAGCAGGUGGUUCUAUUAGAAACAAAUUAACUGGAGAGCUACAUGAUCUUUAUGAAACAAUGAGUGAGCAAUUUGUAAUGUGGCCGGAUAGGAGUUCACAUAGGAGAGCACAUGGAGUACAUGAAAUGGAUAUGAAUACGUUGAUGUUGGCUAAGAUUGAUGCUCUUUCAAAACAGAUGGAAAACUUAAAGUACUCUCCAUCAGUUAAUAUGGUGCAAGGAUCUCUUCCAGUUUGUGCAACUUGUGGGGCAAACCAUCUGCCAUCCGAAUGCCCAUUGACCGUUAGGGACCAUUCACUCACAGAGCAGGCUGCUUAUGUGCAAAACUUCCCGCGUCAACAAAAUUUCCAACAUCCACAGUAUAAUCCAUUUUCUCCAACAUACAAUCCCGGCUGGAGAAACCAUCCUAAUUUUUCAUAUGGCAACAAUCAGGGAAUUCAAAACCCACCAAAACAAGGGAGACCACAUGAGGAAAAAGGAGGAUGGGAAGAAGCAAUUUCAAAACUUCAAGAACGAAGCAUAUGGCCAAGCAAUACCAAAGUUAAUCCUAAGGAACAAGCGAAUGCAAUCACUACAAGGAGCGGGGUGCAAUUACCAGAAAUUCACGUUAAAAGACCAAAUGUGGAAAAGAAAACUGAUGCCGAAAAGGAGAUAACAACUGAGAAUAAGGAGCUCGAAGAUAUAGCUGAACAAGAAAAAGUGGUUUCAUUACCAAUCAAGCCUUAUGUUUCGCCCAUUCCAUUUCCUCAAAGAUUGCGCAAGCACAAGUUGGAUAAACAAUUUGAGAAAUUUUUGGAGGUGUUCAAGAAGCUACAAAUCAAUAUACCAUUUGUUGAAGCUUUAUCUCAAAUGCCCAGCUAUGCAAAAUUUAUGAAGGAGAUUCUAUCGAACAAGAGGAAGCUUGAGGAGCAUGAAACCGUGAUGCUAACAGAGGAGUGUAGUGCCAUUUUACAGAAUAAAUUACCACCAAAGUUGAAAGACCCAGGAAGUUUCACCAUCCCUUGCACUAUCGCUAUUGGACGAGCACUUAUUGAUGUGCAGAAAGGACAACUUAUGUUAAGGCUAAAUGAGGAGCAAAUCACUUUUAAUGUGUUUGAAGCACUAAAAUUUCCUACCGCUUCAGAUUCUUGUUUUCAGAUUGAUAUUGUGGAUAAGGAGAUAGGAAACACUUUUACUUUGAACCAACCAUCAGAUCCUUGGGAAGCAUGUGUGAUGCACUCACAAGUUGAAGAUACUGACUCUUCUACAAUUGAAGAAUGUGUCAAAUAUUUGCAAGGACCAAAACUUAUUCAAAAGGGAAAGCAAUACAAGGCAUUGGGCACGGGGCCUCCACGACCUUUACCUUCCAUUCAACAAGCUUCGAAAUUGGAGCUAAAGCAACUUCCAUCCCAUCUUCGGUAUGCCUAUUUGGAUAGUGCUUGGGUUAGUUCGGUUCAAGUGGUGCCUAAAAAUGGAGGUAUUACAGUGGCAAAGAACGAAAACAAUGAGCUCAUUCUAGUUCGACCUAUUACCGGAUGGCGGGUUUGCAUUGACUAUCGUAAAUUGAAUGAUGCAACGUGAAAAGAUCAUUUUCCCCUACCAUUCAUUGAUCAAAUGUUGGAGCGCUUAGCAGGUCAUUCCCACUAUUGUUUCCUUGAUGGUUAUUCGGGAUAUAAUCAAAUUCCAAUAGCUCCAGAAGACCAAGAGAAGACAACGUUCACUUGUCCAUAUGGUACAUUCGCCUACCGACGGAUGCCAUUUGGUUUGUACAACGCCCCUGCCACUUUUCAACGUUGUAUGAUAUCAAUCUUCUCCGAUAUGGUAGAAAGAUUCAUUGAAGUGUUCAUGGAUGAUUUUUCAGUCUUUGGUUCUUCAUAUGAUGAAUGCUUAAAGAACUUGACACUUGUUUUGAAGCACUGUGAAGAAACAAACUUGGUGCUCAAUUGGGAGAAAUGCCACUUCAUGGUCCAAGAAGGAAUUGUAUUGGGCUUUUAUAGACGAUUUAUUAAGGAUUUCUCCAAGAUUACAAAGCCUUUAUGCAACUUGUUGGAGAAGGAUGCAAAAUUUGAAUUUUCUGAGGAGUGCUUAAAGUCAUUUACCACUCUAAAGGAAAAGUUAAUUUCAGCACCUAUUAUUGUGGCACCAGAUUGGAAUAUGCCGUUUGAAGUAAUGUGCGAUGCUAGUGACAAUGCAGUUGGGGCAGUUUUGGGACAACGAAGGGACAAAGUCUUACAUGUAAUUUACUAUGCUAGUAGGACUCUCAAUGAUGCCCAACUAAACUACACCACAAUAGAAAAAGAGCUCCUAGAAGUGGUCUUUGCUUUCGAAAAAUUUCGAUCCUAUCUUAUUGGUUCAAAGGUGAUUGUUUACACGGAUCAUGUUGUACUGAAAUAUCUACUUUCAAAAAAAGAGGCAAAACCAAGGCUAAUCCGUUGGGUCCUACUUCUCCAAGAGUUCGAUUUGGAAAUUCGAGAUAAGAAAGGAUACGAGAAUGUGGUAGCUAACCACCUCUCUAGAUUGGAGCAACAAAAUCAAUCUGAAAUAGGGGAUAUUAAUGAAAAAUUUCCAGAUGAGCAGCUUCUAAGAGUGGAACGAGCAAGCAACAAAAUGGAGGUACCAUGGUAUGCUGAUUAUGUCAAUUACCUCGCAAGUAACAUUGUACCUCCUGAUUAUGAUUACCAUCAAAGAAAAAAAUUUCUUUUUGAAUUGUUUGACGUUUGGGGCAUUGGCUUCAUAGGGCCAUUUCCAUCAUCAUUCUCCAAUUUGUACAUCCUAGUGGCAGUGGAUUAUGUCUCCAAGUGGGUCGAAGCAGUAGCAUUACCAACUAACGAUGGCCGAGCAGCGAUAAGUUUUCUAAAAACGAACAUCUUUACUCGCUUUGGAACUCCUAGGGCCAUUAUCAGUGAUGGAGGGAAGCAUUUUUGUAACCAGCAUUUUGAAUCUCUUUUGGCAAAGUACGGGGUAAGGCAUAAAGUUGCUACACCAUAUCACCCCCAAACGAGUGGCCAAGUGGAAAUUUCGAAUAGAGAGAUAAAAAAGAUCCUUGAGCUUACAGUGAGUACUUCUCGAAAAGAUUGGGCUAAGAAGUUGGACGAUGCAUUAUGGGCAUACAGAACAGCCUUCAAAACACCAAUUGGUAUGUCUCCAUAUCGCCUUCUUUUUUGCAAAGCAUGUCACUUACCUGUUGAGCUAGAGCACUGGGCAUAUUGGGCAAUGAAAAAGUUGAAUUUUGAUCUCAAGGAAGCUGGUGAGAAAAGGUUGCUACAGUUAAAUGAGAUGGAUGAGUUUCGGUUGGAAGCCUAUGAGAAUGCCAAGUUAUAUAAGGAGAAGACCAAGAAAUGGCAUGAUAAGCAUGUACACCGAAAACAGUUUCAGGUGAGGAAAAAAGUGUUAUUAUUCAACUCACGCCUCAAGUUAUUUCCAGGCAAGUUGCGCUCAAGGUGGUCUGGGCUGUUCACUACUGCCAAAGUUUAUCUACAUGGCACUGUUGAGGUCACUCAUGACACCAAGGGUACUUUCAAGGUGAAUGGACAGCGACUCAAGCCAUAUCUAGGGGAGGAAUUUGCCAAGGAAAAGACAUCCACCGAAUUGAGCAAUCCGGAAUGA